UCGCUCCGGACAGACGGAAAUCUUCCGGAGGGUCGUCUUCGCCUGACCCUGGCUGUCUAUAAAAAGGGAAGUUCGUUUCGUGUCCAGUACUCUCGGGCAAUAAUAUUCAAAGGCUAUUUCUCACUUGAGUUUGAUUUCAGUGAGAAAAGACAGACGCGGUUGCUUCAUAGCCGAGAAGAAGAAUAAAAAAAAAAAAAAGUGCCGUGCCGCCGAACGUUAUUGGUAAUAUAUCCCAAAUUUGGAAACAUAUUUACCCUCGCCAAAGAAGGGAAUAGGAGGGGCCUUAGCAAGACGUCGCCAAUCGAGCCCUUUAAUCUUUGUUCGCGUGACUUAAAGUGACUUGAAUAGGUUCUAAAUAGUUAUCUUUAUUGGCAGUAUAAACAUUUUUUUUAUUUCGUAUUUUAGUAGAAUGGACUUGUGAGUUAUAGCACCAUCGGAAGUCGACUUUGCUAAUACGAACUGUGGGCCAACCUCUGAAAAAUCACUGUCGGCAAUGAUUGACAACUGCCUGCAAAAGGCGGAGGGCAACCAAGACAUUUCCAUCAGAAAGAUGCAGCCCAUCGACUCCGGCAACAACAAAAACAGCAGAACAGAGGAGAAGUAUGGACUUCGACCUCGAACCAUCAUCAAGAGACUUCAGCAAGAAAGGACUCGCCAGCAGGUGCCCCCAAAAGCGGUCAGGUCGAAGUCCCGGCCAGCCCCGUUGUCGAAGUACCGAAGGAAAACGGCUAACGCUCGAGAGCGCCACCGAAUGAAGGAGAUCAACAACGCCUUCGACUCCCUGAGAAAAGUUCUCCCGGAUGCCGUCGAAAUAGAGACAACGCAGUCCACGAUGACGAAGAUCAUGACCCUGCGACUGGCCGUCAACUACAUUCAGACGCUGUCGGAUGUGCUGAAGGCCGAGGAAGAGGGAGUCGACUUGUGUUCCAUUCAGAGUUCUCUCCAGUGUUCGAUAGAAGACUCCCUACAGAACUGUCUGGACCAGUCAUUCCAAUAUACAUUUCACCAGUCGCUGCAGAAAACGACGCAAAUGGGCAGCAGCGACAUGUCGGUGUACGGCCACAGUCAUCCCCAUUACUCGCCUCAUCUCCUACCUCAAACCCAGCAGAUGAUGAUGGACUACACUUCCUUCUCGUCGACGCUGUCCGCCUCCAGUUCGCCCUCCACGAAUCGAGGGUCACUCAGCAGUGCAUCGGAUCUCGAAGAACUGUUAUCCGAUGACUCGGUUCUCCUUGAGGACAACAUCGAUGUGUUUCACGACAUCCCAACCUUAUGUGCCACUGAUGCAUUAGAGCUUCUUCUUGGGACAGACAAGGAGGGCAUAUCCUUCCCGCACGAGCUUUGCAGCUAAAAUAAAAUUCUUUAAGGUUUAUGUUACUGUGGUGUAAAUGUGUGUGUUGAUAUGAGAAUUCUUUUCUCUCAGUCUCCUUCAUCACCAUGCUGAAAUAAUGGUGCUUCAUUGGAACGUUGUUUGUAAGACGCGUCUAGUGCCUAGCAAAAGAAUCGUCAAGAAUUUUGAAGGUUUUUGUACGAGCGCGUCUGUUCCUAGUCAAUCAUUUAACUGUGUUUUAUUUUAUCAUUUCAUAUUUCUACCAUACAUUUUGGCAUUUACAAUCUUUGACUGGUUCUUAGAUGAUAAAAUGAACAGAGCAUUAUCAGUAGUUUCUGCUAGUGUUAAGGUGAAAUAGAAUAAGCAAGGUUAUGAGGUUGGAUGAUACAAAAAUUUAGUUUUCACUAAAUAUUGUAUAGCACAAUUUUGUAUAGCACUGAUUUGUUGAUUGAUCAAAUCCUUCGACAUUUUGUCGAUUCUAGUCUAAUUCUGAAUGUGCCAUAAUAUUACAUUUUAUUACUGAUUUUGCGAUGAGUUCUUUUCAAGAACACUAUGUGGUCUUUUCUCAUUCUAAUAUAUGUAAAUAUUUCACGAGCUGAUGUUUUGCACUUUUU